AUGGAGAACUCAAGUAUUUCAACACAGAGUUUGAAUCCUGUGAUUGCUGGAUGCACAGGUAAUGUAAAUAAUAAUGUUGGUAAUAAUAACAAUGAUAAUAGUGGAAGUGGAGGAUGCACUACAGCAGUAAAUACAUCACCAGCCUUGGGAUUUCAGAAUGGGUUACCAUUAGUUGCAGGACUGCUGGGACAAGGGGGUGGCAUUCCAAUCCAAGGCCCGCAAUCCCAGAUGACUACAGUCGCAGCAGCUAACCAAUUCAUAGCCCAACAAAUCAUGAUGGGAGGAGGGAAUAAUUCUUUUCCUUUUAUCUAUGGUAACCUUCCAAAUACAGGAGGUGGACAUCAGAACCAGAGAGUUGAAAUGGGGGAAGAAGAUGGUACCAAACCGUCAGACUCUUUAAAAGCUGCUGCAGCACAGAUGAUUCUUCACGAAAUCAAUAAGAAUCGUGGCCAACCACAAUCUAAUACAGCUACUGUAGCACCUGGAGGAACAGUAACGGCACCAGGACCAGCUCUUUCGCAUCUACAACCAAAUGGGCAAUUUCGGAUGCUCGGCUUAGGUGAUGAAAUACCUGUUCCGGCACAGGUAGUACCUCCUCAACCAACAUUGGCGCUCACUCCUUUGGGAUUGAUCCCGAUACUUCCUAAAGUUGGUAGUGGUGUUUUUAUUGGCGGUAACGGUAGUAAUAAUAUUGUUGGUAGUAACAACAACCAGAACCACCAGAGUUUAAAUUCCUCUGUAUCUCUUUUGCCGACCCAACCAGCCAAACAACAAAUCACUCACGAACAGUUGCUUCAAGUUCAAAGACAGAUUCAGAACCUUCAACAUGUGAAUAACUCUAAUUCAAACUCAAAUCCUCCUAUUAAUGCUGAUUUUGACUCUUCAGCCCACCCCCCAUUUUCGGAGACAAUUAACUCCAACUCUGAGCUAUGUAUUCUGUCCGAUGCACAGGAACCCAAAAAUGAGGAAAAGCCCGCGGAAGCUGAAAAUGUUAAAACACAAAAGGCGCCAGGUAUCAUUGAAUCAAAUAAAAUAGCGGAUUAUGGGAUUAAGGAAAUGGAAAUUGACUCUAAAAUUAUGAAUGAAAAUGUUUCUAACAAAAUUGAGCUCCAGAGAGGAAAGGCUGGGAGAGAUACACAGUCAACAGUUCCAACAGCAACAACAGCAGCAACAACAACAGCAGCAGCAACAACAGUUCCAACAGCAACAACAGCAACAACAGCAGCAACAAAUGUACCAACAUCUUCAAAUGCUUGCACUUGCUCAGCAUCAACAGAUGCUGCAAAGACAGCUACAAAUGAAGGAGUGGGCCUUGGCUGCGGCUUAUCUAAAUCAACAACAGCAACAGCAACAACAACAGCAGCAACAACAACAGCAGCAGCAGCAGCAACAACAACAACAACAACAACAACAACAACAACAACAACAACAACAUCAUUCCCACAUCCAACAGCUACACGCCCUCCAAAAUCUCCAGAAUUUGGCGCCACUUCAAAGCAUGCACCACAUGCAGGCAUUCCCACACAUUGCCGCGCAAAUGCAUCCGGCUGGCGGCAAAUUCAGCUGCAACAAUCUCUGCAGUCAAUUGCAGCUUCUGCCUCGAACUCAGCCUCAGUUUCUGUUGGUGUUCCAGUUCCAGGUUAUAUUCCCUUAGUUGGUGGAUGCGGAGCCGUGGCAACAGGUGCAAGGCAAGGAGGAAUUGGAGAUGUACAACAACUUAAUCACCAGCAUCAACUUCAACAACAGCAGCAACUGGCCAAUAACAAUAAUAAUCACCACCCAUUAAUAGGAGAUGAGCUACGUGCAGUUUUGGGUCUGAGUGCUUCUGCAAUUCGAGGAGUUAAGGCAAAUAAGCAGCAGGUUUCAGAGGAGGCGGCCUCCAACAGGAGAGGUGGAGAGAAUCUGCCAGAUGGCCAUGGUACUCAUACUUUGGAUCUGAUUUCUGGGUUGGGAGCAGCUGGUAGUAUUGGAAUUAACAAUAAUUCGUCCAGAUUAAUAGCUGGCGCAGGAAGUGGGGAGAUUCCGAUGGAAGAUUUGGAAGGAAAAGCUGGAAUAUCAACUCUUUCUUCAUCCUCAUCUCUGAUUGGGCCUGGAGCAGCCCAGAAUUCUGUGGGGAGGAGAAUGAGUAAAAGAGCUACAGGUAGAGGAGUAUCUAAAGGUUCAAGUAGAUUUCAGGCUUCAAAUUUAUUAUCAAUAAUUGAGAAUGAACAAGCUAUUAAAAACCUUCAGAACUCAAACCCAAACCCUACAUCUAGAGUUGGACAAGAUAGUAGCCGCUUGAGAACCAAGUCGGAGGAGGGAGGUUCUGUAGUGGGUGAGGGAAUGGAUCUCGGGGACCACAUUGUCUCUAGUUUGAGCAAUAAUAGCAGCAAUAUCUCCUCCAAUACUAAUGGUGUUUCUGGAAGAUUUGGAAGUCGUAUUCAUGCCUCCCAAGUAAUUUCUCCUUCGGAAAUCAGCAGAAUUGAGAAUCUUCAUUUCUGUGCUGAGACGGUACCUCAUUUAGUUAAGAAUUAUGUCCCAGCAUUCUCUGGAAAAUUUGCCUUACUUCCACAACCCCCUCUAGAUGGUUCUUCCUCUUUUAUAGGGGAUUUUUCGGAAAGUUAUUAUAUUAAUAGUAAUGUUAACGGCUCACAAAACCACCGUUAUGGAGGAGAUAUUCAGGGAAACCAACAAGAAGGAGGAAGUGUUUCUCAAGGACUCAGAUCUAGGAAAGUUAAGAAUAGUAACGUCAGUUGCAGUACUGGUAAUAACAAUAAUAAUGAAGGAGAAGAUGUUGUCAUGCAGUCUGAAAAGCAUCCUUCAAAACUACUUCCGGAUGUGUUGGCGAGUAUUUAUGGAGGAGAAGGACUUAAAAUGGUAGCAAAAGAGAAGCUUUCUUUUUGGAUGGACUUACCAUGUAACAUGGAUAGGAAGAAAGCUAAGACUGGGCUUGGCCCAAGCACUAGAGAAAGCUUAAGAAAAGAACUUAAAAAACAAGGGGAACUAUUUAGACUUGUCUCCACAAAGGAUGAGUUCCUUUGUGAUUCAAAAAUGAUAAGAGGAGCUGAUAUUAACAAAUUGUACUUGGAUCUAAUUCAGAGAUCACAAGCUGUCAAGAUUUGUUCAGAAGAUGACUCCUGUGAAACUUCAACAACCACCAAAACUAAUACUAUUGUUACUAAUGCUGCAGCCAAUGCUAGUAAUAGUACUAGUACCACUGCCUCCACUACAGCGGUUUCCUCGCCAUCCCUUCCUUCUCUUGCAUUUCCCCCUCCAGUGAUUAGUGGAAACCACUCUGUGAGUGUUAUUAGUAGUAAUUGUCUACCACCAUCUAAUCAACAGAAUUUUAUAACUAAGGUGGAGGAAGGACUUAAGGAAAAGCUAAUUCACCACUUUUCUCAUUCCAAAGUUACUUGUCCUGGGAUCUCCGUCUCCUCGUCCACAAUUGAAACCAACUCCCCAACAAGAAGACUGACCCAAUCAAGUAUCGAGAAUUCUGAUCACAGUGGAAAUAGGACGGAAAACAGUGAUAACACCAAUAAUACAAACAAUAUCUGUGAAAACACUUUGGUCAAAACUUCUCCCAAUCUUUGCCAACUUGAUAAAGGAAUCACCAAACCCCCAAUUACACCUCCCAGAGCAAUCCCUUGA